AUGACGCUGGUCAAGUACCUGCUGUACACAUACAUUGCGUCGUUUGUGCUGUUCGCCCUCAUUCGACUUACCACAGGUAUCUCCAUCAAACGUUUGGGGUACCUGUGUGUGCGGGGCAUUUCAUUUUCACCCAAGGCCGGCGUGCAAAUCAACAUUGGCAAGGUGGGUUUCUUAUUGCAUAGGCCGUCAUUCGCACGGCCAGGCUGGAUCAACUUCUACGUGUCCGGUCUCGAUAUCAGUAUAGAUCCCGUCGAGCUGGAAGAGAGCAAGUCUCACAAGAGCAAGAAGUCCAAGUCAGCCACAAGCUGCACAUACGAAAACAAGGAGUGGACGUUGACGCCGCCCGACAAUGCGGCCACUCGUGUAGCUCGCUCCUUUUUGACAAUCACGCGGUUCAUUGACUUCGCCAUCUACUCCACUACAGUCGAUGUCAAGGACGUCAGCACCUUCAUUCUGGCCCAGAUGGUGUUCCAGCUUGAUCUGCGGUCCCAUAUUGCCAGUAGAAGACACACGGUGACGGGAACUCUAUAUGAGAACCUCAAGUUGGACGGAGAGCUUCCUGCAUUUUUCACCAUUAUUUUUAGAGAGCUUCUUGUCAAGCCCUCGGGUGAUGACUACGACGACGAGCAGACGGAGGAGAUUCUGGACUCGGUGCUCCUGGAGGUGCGAGGCUUCCUCAAGAAAAAGGAUCUGAGUUUGAAACGGCUGGCUGUCAAUUUCAAGCUGGGUCGAAUUAAUGUUCUGGUCGACAAACUCAUGGAGAUCAAGGAUGCAAUCAAGAAGGUAAAGAAACACGAGCCUGAGCCUGAGGUGGUUGAGGAGGAAAAGCCUCACGUGGCCGAGGCCGAUGCUAAGUGUGCCGAAGAGGCUGCUCAGGUCAAGGCCAACUUUGCAACGCUGCUGAUCCGAACUAUCAGAGAAGUAGAAGUCCAUGUGGCCCAGUUUGGAGUCUACCACAUUCCUGCAUCACUAUUCAACGACUCGCCGACCGACAAGCUGUCGUUUGCCAUCAUGGCCAAGGAUUUCAACCUCGAUUUGCGACGGCUCAACCCCAAGAGUCCUGCCUUUCGAAUGUACUUCGAGUCAGACGAUACGGCCCACCAGACCAUCUUUUCCGUCAUUUCUGUCGUGGUCGGUCUGUCCGUUAACAAGGAUGUUCCCGAGGAGCUGGUCUACGUGCCUAUGGUGACUCUCAACUCCAAGACCAACAUGUUCUCCAGAACGUUGUCUAUUCUAAGUGACUCUGGCUCUGCUACCACUUCUGAGGCCGAAACAAGUGAUACCGAAUCUGAUGCUGCUGCUCCCAUCUACUCCGGUCAGCUAAUCACCGGUGCUCUGGCUAUUUCAUCUCCCACUGUCGAUCUGCAGACCCACCAUGUCCCUCUCCUGUUGACUGCUCUGAACCGGUCUUCCAAGAGCAAGCCUCCCAAGGUAUCCGACGAGCACUUUUUCAUGAAGGGACUCAAGCCGGCUACCAACCUCAAGGUGACCAUCGAGGAACCUGCUGCCCGAGUGCUGGUGACCCGAGCUUCAAAGGACCACAAGGCACGUAAGAUGGUCAUCUCGUCGUGUGAGGCUAUUGUCUGCAACCUGCAUUCGUCUCAUGAAAACCUGCAUGACAAUGACCUGGAGACCAAAUACAAGUUGCAGACAUCUCUCAAGGUCGUGGGCUACUCCACAUGGUACAGAAGCCCCGAGGGAUCGCGACACGACAUUCUAGACUCGCAAAUUCUGCAAAUAUCCAUCAAUGCAGACAUGGCUCCCAAGCUUCUUAUGACUGUUGAUGGACAGCUUCUCAAGGCUCGCUUUGAUAUGACUGAAGCUGAAGUGGUCAGAGGUCUUCGAGAAGUUGUUCAGAACGUACGACGAAAUGACGUGGCUGAUCAGGAGCUUCAUGCUGAGGCUGAGGCCAAGGCCAAGGAGGAAAUUGCCUGUGGUCAUGAUCUAGAGGAUGAUGAAGAGGACCCCUGCACAUACGAUCCCACAUUGCCUAAGAAGCCCAAUGCUCUUCGAAAACUGCCUUGUUGGCUCCAGAACGUGAACUUUGAGUCUUCUGAGAGUGCGAUUGCGGUUGGUUUGUUGUUUCAUGACGACACUUACAAGGACGUCUCUACUCUAAUGGUGAUUGGGGUAGAGAAGUGUGUCUUGGACUACAAGAACGGAGUCACUCAGGAUGGUGUGUCCAAUGAGGCUGCUCGACAGUAUGCUCUUGAGCACUCUGAUCAGGUUGUUGACGAGACUGACGACAGACGCUUUGUGGUCUCUGUCAAGAAUGUACUUGCCAAGGAGUCCAUUUCUUCUUCUGCUUAUGAAGAUGAAGAUGACAAGAAGUUUGACAACCGCGAGAUUCUCAAUCUUCCUUCUCUCGACAUGGCUGUCUUCACAACCUCCAACAAGAAGGGUCCUUAUACUCAGACUACUGUCAUGGUCCCCAAGGUGUUGAUGCAGUACUCUGCUCAUGUUCAUUGGUUUGUGACUGUUCAUCUGGGUCUUCUUCUUUCUAUUUUCCACGAGGAAUUGGGCACAGGAAAGCACAGCAUUGAAGAGGACGAAGACGUCAACCUCGUGGAGCCCGACACAAACAUGUCCGAGGCCCUGGAGGCUCUGCAGCUUCGAAAGAAGACCAACAAGUUCAAGAAGCUGAUUCGAGAGCGACGUAUGAGGAAGAAGGUGGUCAAGGGUCCGAAGGAAGAGGUGACGGUCAAUCUGGCCAUUGCCAUGAUGCGAAUCAAGUGGCAUCUUCCCCACGACUUUUGGGCCAUGCUGGAGCUUGACACACUGACAUUAGACGGUCGAGAUCUCAAGAAGCCCAUUAUUCUGGCCAAGUACCUGCGUCUGUAUGGUACUUCACCCACUGUGGAGGAUUACUGGAACCGAAUUCUUAUUUUCCGGGGCUUGCGAGUUCGAGCUGAUGUUCCUCUCAUUAAGGAGACUCUGGCUUCCACUGAACGAGUACAUGAAGACCCACUUCCUUGUGACGAGCGUGACGAUGCAGUGACCGCCUUCAUUGAUGGUAUGCAACUAUGCAUUCCUAACCAGUUCAUCUGCUACACUAUUCUGGACAACAUUUUGUCUGGAGUCAAGUCCAUCGCUCAUAUUAGUCAGCGUCUCCGUCUCAACACGUCCGAUGUGGUUGUGUGGCCCAAAGUGAUGAAGCCCCGAGCUAUUCCCAAGGUCAGAAUCCACACUCCUCGUCUUCUGGUCAUUGUUGAGGACGAUCCCUUUGAGUCGCAACUCAACCUCAUCUUCCAGGUUGGAUACAAGGAACAGCAGAGUCGUCUGGAGAAGGAAAAGGCGUUUGAGGAGUACAGUGAUCGUAUUAUGGCGUCGCGACUGCCCAAAAAACGGUCUACACGCGUUGCCACGGAGGACGAAAUUGGUUCUCACAAGGAGGGGGGUCACCAUCACAAUCUGGCCAGUAUUGGCACUGGUCUCAAGGAUGUGUUCCACAAGAAGCACAAAAACGACAGCAGUGACCCUCAAAACUCAUCGUCCGGGGGCUACAAGGACACGACGACUGUGUCCAUUGAGCAGGCUGAGGAGGAGCUCAGACGCAACUUCGCCACUUCUUGGAUUAUCAACUUCAACGCGGCUUCGGACGAGCGUAAGCUGGCUGUUUCAGAUUUGUAUGGUACUGUUUGGGGCGAUGAGCAGAUUGCCGAAGACACUGCAAAGAACGAGAACAUUCUGGAGUACUCCGAUAACCCACCUCUAAUGUCCAUGUACCACAAGGACGUUGACUGGGUGAUUGAUCGAGUCCAAUUCCCUAUUGCCCAGAUUCCAGACUUCCUCUAUGAUGUCGGUAAGGGUCAGCCUAAGGAUACGGUAUACACCAUCAUGUUACCCUUCUUUUGGAAUGUUCAGAUGGGCGAGUGGCGAAUCAACUUGCGAGAUUACCCGUUGCCAUUGGUUCACUUCCCUCCUCUCCAUCCCUCUCAGGAUGCCUCUGGACCGGCAGUUUCGUUCCACGGUACGUUUAUUGUUGGCGAGAUGCUCAGUGAAGGCAUUGAGUAUGUUCGACGAAUCAAGGUGCCUCUUGCUCCGUUCGUUCAUCCUGACGAGAUUGCACCUUCCACGUUCAUGAUGGAGGUGUUUCGAACAGUUACCUCGGUCAAGGUAUUCACCAACCUGACAUUCGAGGGUCACUCCAUCUCGCCCACUCGAAUCAACUGGGGCUCCAGCAUGUCUCCAGCCAUUAGUGCUGGUUUUGGCGCCAUUGACACCUUUUCGAAGCCUCCGGCUGACCACUCUCCCAAGCCUGGCUUCUGGGACAAGGCUCGUCUGAUAGCCCAUGGACGGUUCAAGCUCAAAUGGGACAAGUCAGAUAUUCAUUUCGUCAUGAAGUCUUCCAAGAACCCCUACGCCGUGCUUGGUGACGACGCAGGACUCGUUUGGGUAUGGAGAAACCACGUCGUUUGGGAUAUCAAUGGUGAAGACAACCCCAAGGAGUUCAUGCGAGUCGACAGUGAAGAGUUCAUGCUUGCCGUACCUAACCUGGGUCUGUCUGAGCGAGAGUAUCUCCUCAGAGCCUUCAAUGCCAAGGACUACGGUUCUCAGGGUCAGUUCCUAAAGGUGAUUAUGAAGGUCGUUGGUAAGGUGAGAUGGCUGGCUGGAGUUGCCUUUGAGCGAGAUGAUCCUGAGCAUCCCGGUGAGCGAACCGAUAAGUUCAAGCCUCAUUACGAGGUCAUCACCAAGAACUCGGCUGAGAUCAAUGAUCCCCAUUGGGAUGCUUUCCGGGGUUUCAGAUCCGAGUACAUCCACCUUGCUCUAUCUGUUCGAAAUCCUCAGGGUAGGGACUGGAUCAACGCCACCGAGCCCGAACAACAGGCUUACAAUGCCAUCCACUUGUCUCCUGAGACCUUCUCUCACUUCAAGAAGUGGUGGCACAUGUUUGACUCGUCUACUAGCAUGCCUGCUCGUCACGGUCGACUCUGGAUGUCGCCUGAGGAGCGUAGGGAGCUCAAGAAGGCUCCUAAGAAGGUGUCCUUUGGCAAGUCCAUGCAUACUGUCAAGUACAUGAUCCAGCUAUCUCAGCUCUUUAUCUGUCACUUGUACAGACACCCUGAGAACGAGGAUGAGGCAUCGAAGCACACUCGAAGUGCCGCUACCGGUAUCAAGCUUCGAACGGAUGCGUAUAUGAUGGAGCUGCAUCAGCGACGAGAGCCUAUCAAGGGCAGUGAUGUGUGGAAGAUGAAGCUCAAUGCGGGAGAGAUUGAUUUCCAGAGCUGUGAUAUCCGUGUCAUUUCUGCAGUGUUCAAGGAGGAAUCUGCCCACGGUGUGUUGGCUCGCCACAUGGGUCUCAAGGACGACGUUUCGUCGCUCGGAUCCAGCACAAACAACACUAACUCUCACCAGUCUGGUACCACCAAUACUGGAUCCUCUCGAGUCGGUACUUUCCAGAUCUCCGACGGAGACUUCUCCUGGAUUGACAUGGACGACUUCGUCGAGAUCAACGAGUCUACUCCUGAUGGCAAGUCUCCCGAAGUGGCUGUUAUCCCUAUGCUCUACACUCCUCGAUGGACCUAUUUCCGAGAGACUGACCAUGAGCAAAAGGAGUAUAUGACUGACUCACGUGGCAACAAGUACCGACGGUUUGGUGACGAAACGAACGUCCUGGAUGGCUUCCUGGGCAAGAUUGCGCCACAACUGACCCAGAUUCGGCUGUUCGAGGAGCGAGAGAAGGACCUGGCUGAGCAAAUCAAGACUCAUGAAGCCAUGCUGGACUCUCUCAAGCAUGGUGGAAACCAGUCUGGUCAGGCUGUUAAGGACCGUAUUGCGUCUGUAGAAGAAACUUUGUUCAACCUGAAGACGCGAUACCACGUCAUCUCGCAUACCUGUCUGGGUAUCCGUGCUCCUGGCGAGUCUUCCUGUGGUCCCAACUCCAUCUCUGAGCGUAUCAAAAACGAGCUCAACGACGUCAACGAGACCAAAUUCAACAACCGGUUCAUUGUGCACAACGUUCAUCUCAAGUGGAACAACAUUGUGCGUAAUGCCAUGUUCCGUUACUUGCAUCGAGUGGAGGAGCGCAAGAAGCUGACGUACUUCAUGUCUCGAGGAGCUGUCAAGCGAAUUGAGGAUCUUCUCAAGGAGUUGGAUAAGACCAUGGCUGAUGACCACUACACCAGUGAGCAGAAGCAGGAGCGGGCCAAGAAGGUGACCACCAACCUUCUGCAGGAGGCCGCUCACAUGAUCGACAAUCGCGCCACCUGUCAAGAGCGAGUCGAUACCAUGGAGGAGGGUCUGUACAACACUUACAGUGACCCCAACAUCACCAUUGACAACACCUAUCUGGUCAAGCUGGUGUCUCCUCAGGUGCAGCUCAUGUCUGAGCAGAACCCCGACAAGGUGGUCAUGUUGACUGCCCCUAACAUUUCGCUUCGAAUCACCUCUGCUAUUGACGAGUCGGAUAUCGAUGCUGACUUCAAGGGAGUUGUGGAGAAGCGUCAUGGAGUGCAACUGGAGCAUGCCAAUUUCUUUGUUCUGGAUAGGGAGGCUGUUCUGAACCGGUCGGCGUUCCUCAUGAAUAACAACAACUACGGUUGUCAUCGCAACAGUCUUUGGCCUCCCUGGCUGGCAAUUGAAAUGUGCUAUGACGCCACUGCUCUGCGAGAUGAUGUUGUUGUGUCCGAUGCUACUGUUGGUCUUCGAUACGACAAGCCCAACACACUGCGUCUCAAGUCUCUGCAGGAGUCUGCACGUGAGGCUCGCUGUACUGAGGACGAGGAGAAAGAGGCAUUCAACCGUUUCAACCGAAUCGAGGUCGACUUUCCCAAGGUCACGGCCUACUGUACUUCCGAGCAAUACUUUGCCAUCUACACCAUUGCCAUGGAUCUGUUGCUGUAUUCUGAGCCCAUCAAGGAGUCCAACAAGAAGGCUAUGGAUCGAAUGCUCAUGACUUUCGAUCCCAAGCGUCUGCAUUCCGCUCCGGAGACCAUUGAGUGUCUUCAGAACGAGAUGCGACGUCUGCGAAAGAUCCGAGAUCUGAUGCAGACCCAGAAGGACGGCAAGAAGGACGUUCGACAAAUUGACGUCGAGCUAGCGUCUGGAUACCUCGAGCUCUUCACAAUGAUGGCUGCCACCACCAAGAUUCUCGUCACUUCUAAGGAGACCGAAGAUUUCACUGACACCAUGAAGUGGGCCAUUGGCUCGGAUGAGAUCAUCUGGCACUUGCUGGAAGACGACCAUACUCCUUUGGUCGACUUUGGUAUGGCUUCUCCCUCGUUUGUACGAUUCCAGGAGCCCAACGGAGCCAACACCAACUGUAUGGAGAUCCAGAUGAUGCAGGGUUUCAACCUCAAGCCCAACGCUCCUUACCCAGAGAUGCUUGGUCCGUUUUUGGAUGGUGAUGUCAACAAGAACCGUCGAAACGCCAAGCUCAAGAAGCUGGACGAGCCUGCUCUUGUGUACGCGGCUUGGAAGAUGCUGGCUCCCAUUGGUGGUAUUCCUGUCAUGGAGUUGUUGGAGGUUCAAUUGCAACCCCUCAAGCUUGCUCUUGACCAGGACACAGCCGAGAAGAUGUUCUCCUAUGUCUUUCCCAAGAACAAUGACUCUCCCUUCAACGUGCAUGACCCCACAAAACACAAGACCAUGGCUGAUGCUGUUGCCAUUUACGCAGACAGCGACAAUGGCAGUGAUCUGACUGGGGGCAAUGAGUCGUUGUCUUCUUCUCUAGCGUCUCGUCUAGACGCAUCUCCCAACAACCGAUACCAGGUUGUCGGUGUGAAGAUGCCUGGUGACCCCGACUCUCCCUCGGCUUCAUCCACCCGAAAGUCGAUGGAGUCCGACUCAUCCGACGAGUCAUCUUCGGGACGGUUCAACAUUUUCCGCAACCGACGACGUCAGGAUGAGUCUGACGAGGGAACUCAGAUGAUGGAGCGAGCCUCCGAGUACACUUCCAUUGUGGAUAUUCGGCUGCACUCUGCUGUCAUCUGCAUCUCUCUCAAGGGCCACGGUACCAAGGCCCUGGCCGACGUGCACAACUUUGUCUUCACCAUUCCCGAUCUUGUGUAUCAGAACAAGACGUGGACCAACCUGGAUCUGGCCAAUCAGGUCAAGAAGGACGUUAUUCGGGCUCUGUUGCAGCAUACUGGCUCGCUUCUUCGAAACAAGAUCCGACCCCACAAGAGAGAAACAAAUUCCGCUCCUUUGCGACAGAUCUCUGAGUACACCAAAUUUACUGCUGUGGAUGAUCUUCGGGCUGAUAAGGACUCUAACGACCAUCAGAACGGCCGAGCUGGCCUGGAGUCGAGAGCUGGUACGUUCACUCAGCCCUCGUCUGCUUCUGUCAGUCGAAAGCCUUCCACCGAUUCGUCUCUUCGAAAGGUGACCACUUCCAAGAGCAAGGAGUCCAAUGGCAAGGAGCAUCGAAAGAGCGGCUUCUUCCAUCGAUUGAGGGAGUCUCUAUAA